AUGGAGACUGCACGAGUGGCAUGUGAGGACAAAGGGUCACUGCAAUACGGCACACUCUGUAUGACCGCGGGCAGUGCUUACUAUGAGCUGAACCAACUCACCGCAUGCCGCGAGAACUGGGAGAACUUCAUGCAAAUUCGAAAGGUAAAAUUACCCGAAGGACACCUAGAACUGUCUAGCUCCUACCAUAACAUGGGGAACCUUGAGGCCGCCGAUUCGGCAGCUGCUGACAAUCUCGAGAAAGCAGAAGCCUACUUCAAGCGCGCAAUAGAUAUCCGCGUCGCAGGCGGCGACAUAGCAAACAGUCUCCUCGCCAACUCGUACCUCUGCAUGUCACGCGUCCACUUCCUGAAGAAGGAUUACGACGAAGCAUUAACCAUGCUUGCUCAAUCUGAAGCUCUGCUCUACCGCAUCUCCGGCGCGGAUGCACAUUUCAUGGCUCAUGUACAUUAUGCAUACGGCAACGUCGAUUAUGCCCAGAAGAGAUGGGAAGCCACCAAGCGUUCGUACGAACAAAGCCUCAGGAUCGGCCUGGCCAAUGCCCCAAUCCAUCCUAUCACUGCGGCUGCAUACUACAGUUUAGGUUGUGUGGAACAUAUGCGAGGCAAUCUUGACAACGCAAAAGCAUACCUCGACAGAGCGAUGGCCAUCGCACAACACCGCAACCCUGACCGAGAUGACGGCACCAUGGCACGCAUCAUGUGGAAGACGCCCGUGGUGCUGGAGAGCGAAACGUUCGGUACUUUCCAGGAGGAUGCCACGGAGCUGCGAAUCAGAGCUGAGCUGGCGCUCAAGCCGCUGACUGCCAAGGGUGAAGGCGGUAUUGUGUUUAGUGUUGAUGAAGAGGGUAAUGCAGAUUGUGAUGAGAUGGAGGAGGCGUAUGAUUCGCUGGUGCCGGGAUACUUUAGAUGAGUGAUUUGUCCCUUGCGAGAGUUUUGGCUUUGGCGCUAUGGUUGGCGCUUGAUUGUGUUCAUGUGGCGGCGAUCAGGAACGAGAUAUCCCCAACUUAUGCUCUUUCUUCAGCGUGGCUGUGGCCAUUGUGAAAAGCGAUGCAUUGGCAGUGUUCAAAUAGGCGCCAUUGGCUGUUGCAAAUAUUGUUUCCUGGCAUAGUAAACCUGAUAGCCAGCAAGUAUCGUCUUCAAUCACAG